AGUCUACAUAUCGUCACCAAGCUACCAUUGAUGAUGAAGUGGUUUCCAUGGAGAUACUAGAUACAGCUGGUCAGGAGGAUGCUAUUCAGAAAGAAGGACACGUGCGAUGGGGUGAAGGCUUUGUGCUGGUUUACGACAUCACAGACAGAGGCAGCUUUGAGGAAGUGCUGCCACUUAAGAACUUGUUGGAUGAAGUUAAAAAACCCAAAAAUGUCACCCUGAUCCUGGUGGGGAACAAAGCAGACUUGGAUCACUCCAGGCAGGUCAGCACAGAGGAAGGUGAAAAGCUGGCCACAGAACUAGCAUGUGCUUUUUAUGAGUGCUCUGCUUGCACGGGAGAGGGCAACAUUAUGGAGGCCUUCUAUGAGCUCUGUCGUGAGGUGCGGCGUCGAAAGAUGGUCCAGGGCAAGACUCGGAGACGAAGCUCCACCACCCACGUCAAGCAGGCAAUUAAUAAGAUGCUUACCAAAAUCAGCAGCUAGAAAGAGCUGUAUCAAGCCAGAGAAGCAGAACACAUUUAAUUAAAAAUGGUCAAAGCUUUGCAAUUAAAAAAAUAGAAAAGACAAACCACACCAAUUUUUUGAGUAACACAGGGUCAGACUUUCUUCCUGUUUUGAGAUGUAUUUAGCCACACUGCUUCUGGCUAACGUGG